ACGCGCGCGGACGCGAGGAAUUAUGGGAUAUCUUCCCUCGGCGGCGCGGUGCCGCCAUGUCUCCUGAAGAUAAACGGCGGCUAGUCGUUUUCUCCGCUGCGGUGUUGUCUUUAUUUGUCCUUUUACUCGUGUUGAGCUACAUACCAGCUUAUUUGUACAUACUUUUUAUCUGUGUCGUGUCUUGUGUCGUUUAUUUUCACAAAGCGGAGGAGUUGCAGCUCUUCGAGAGACUAGGCCUCAAUCCUCGCCGUGGACUGAGCGUCCCGUCGGCUCUGCUGCGCUGGUUACCGGGCAGGACUUUGAGCGGAGCCCCGGCCGCCGGCAGAAACAGGAUACGUAAAAGUGAUGCUAGAAAUUCCUUCGCGUCACCCAGCGAUAGACACUUUGCGGCCUCGUAUUAUAGAAGAGACCACACGCUCAGCGACUCGGUGUUCAGCCCUCGGGAUAUACUCAUGGGAAGUUACCUCGCCAAGGCUGAAGAAAGCCCCUCCGCAGCGGUGAGGCCCGCUGGAGGCUCGGGGGCUUUCAUGCACCCCAGAGAUCAGCUCCGGGAGAGACUCGCCCGACCUAAUCAUGCUGUACACACCCCUAACAGAAGACUGUCAUUCGGGGACACUGUGGGCACUGCAAGUCGUUUCACCAUCACCCCCCAAAGACAUUACCCCCUUCAGCAGACAGGGACAUCCCCCAUUGGAGUGAUGCCACCUGCAAAAUGGGAUGGAAUCCGUAAGAAGAAUGUCCUUACCCAACGCAAUUCACCUACUGUCCACAGUCCGGUCACAGUGAAGAUCGCCAGACCAGACCCUACUCGAUCAUCAUUCUUCAAUCACCUGAACUCCCCUGGAGCCAUCAAAUCCCCAGGUAUUGGAGCUCAGGCAGACCCCUGCUCCAGAGAGGCUGUUCUGAGCGUGCUCAGAGAGAGCAGGAAGAGGGAUGUUGAUGAGGAGGACAGGAGUGCUUCCUCAGGGCAGAAGAGCAAAAGAAGGCGACAUGACAGCAGUGGAAGUUCUCAGUCAGCAUUUGAGCCACUUCUUGCAAAUGGAGCUCCAUCUCAGCUUGUGCCAAAACCUGGCAAUCUAAAGAGAGGGAUGAACUCCUCUUUCAACGAAGAGUCCAUUAUGAAGCGGUCUCGCACCUCCUCCAUCAGCUCUGUAAGUGGUGCUCCUAUUCCCAGUGGGGUACCUGGGUCUGUCCGAAAUCCCAUUCGCAGUUCCUACAGCUCUUCACAGGGUUAUCAACAGAGAAGAGCAGCAUCCAGUCUCAGUCUUUCUCCUUUCACAAGCCCAGGAGGAUCUCGGUGUCAGACUCCAGAGCGAGCUGCCAAGAAAGCAAGGGAGGAAGACGCUACCUCACCAAGUUCUACAUCCUUUGUGAAGCUGGAUAAGGUGGCAACUGAUCCUGUACCUGCUACAACUAAACUUACUCCAAAAUCUGAGGCACCUGUUGCAACAUCGACGUCUGACUCUGGAGGCGGCAGUGGCAAACGUAAGCGUAAAAUCCAGCUGGUCACUACAAACAGAGGAGAUCAGAUUUCUUUGCCACCACCUCCUGAACUUGGCUAUACGAUCACAGUGAAAGAUCUAGAUAUGGAGAAGAAAGCAGCUCUCACCCAGAUACAGAAGGUUCUGGAGGAGCCUGAGCCAGAGAUCCCUCCUCCAGCUCCUGAACCCGCCCCAGCUCCAGCUCCAGCUCCAGCUCCUUCUCUAUCCCUGUUCUCUCAGCCACCUCCAGCCUCUACAUCUGGGACUGUACCUGCCGUGAGCGCUGCGCCCUCUCUGAUUUCUCUCUCCAAACCAGUGCCUGAGACCACACCAGCCACUACUACAACUCCUGCUCCAACUAUCGACCUCACCAUCACUGCGCCCAGUGCAGCUAGUACUGCACCCCUGACUUUCACCUCAGCCCCCUCCAUCACUACCACCCCAGCUGCCCCAGCUCCAUCUGCUCCAUCUGCUCCAUCUGCUCCAUCUUCAAGCAUCUCAAACCCUCUGCUGGAGUCUCUGAAAAACAUGAAGAAUAAUCCACUCAAUGCUCCCACUCUAAUGGGUGCUACCACUGCAGCUCCAGCAGUGUCUGUGCCCAGUCUUUCUACACCUGCAGCUGCCGCCACAAACCUGAACAGCGGAGUUGUCAAAUCUGAGUCAGGCCCUACCGCUCUGCAGCCCUCAUUCUCUAUCCCAUCCUCCAUAUCAACACCUGCUUCCAAGCCAGCCACCUCUAUGCCCUCUGCGUUUGCUCAGAUCCUGGCCCAACCUCUUCAAUCCUCAUCAGGCACAUCAUCCCUGGGUGGAAGCAGCAGCAUGUUCAGUUUGAUUAAACCUGUGGCCACUCCUGCAUCUGAGCCUCCUAAAUCUACAGUCGCUGCACCUACAGCCACAGUCACAUCAGUCAAUAGCAUUAGCAACCCCCUGACAUCUGGGUUUAAGCCCAUUUUCGGUGCAGCCAGCACCACGCCUGCCUCCACAGCAGAGGUCAAACCCACCCAGGCCAAUUUCAAGCCUUUAUUUGGCACAGGAAGUGGCAUUAGUGCCUUCGGGCAAACCACCACACCGACGACAUCAACUCCUGCUGCACCAGUUUCACAAAACAGUGGGAUGUUAUUUGGUGGAUUAACCAGUACCCAGCCAGCGAAGGUGUCGGCAUCAUCUGCCGCCCCAACCACGCAAACUCCUUCUCAGUCUCUGUUCGGAAACUGGAGUGCAACCACCUCAUCCGCUCCUGCCACAAACACCACGUUCCAGUUUGGAGGCAAAUCGACCACGACGGCUGCCCCUACGCUGAACACCAACACUGCUAAUGCUAGCGGCACCACUUCUGCUUUUCAGUUCGGGGCAGCAAAACCUGCACCUGCACCUGCCCCUGCCCCUGCCCCUGUCCCAAAGGCCCAAAACACGUUCACUUUUGGCCAGCUGUCGGCAAACCAGAACUCGACGCCCACUCCGUUUGGUGGGUUCGGCAUGACCAACAGUACCACGACAUCCUCUGAGACUCCCACAACGCAAACCACUUUCGGGAGCUCAACUUUCACUGCAUCAACUUUCCCAGCAUCCCAGCAGACCCCUGCUGCUCCAAAGCCUUUCACAUUUGGGGCCGGCGGUGGAAGUAGUGGCGCGCCACCAUUCGUGUUUGGAGCUGCUGCUGCUGCUGCUGCCACCGCUGCCACCACAGCAGCACCUGCGUUUGGGACUAACAGUCAGCCCACGUUUGGUGGAGCUGGCUUCUCUUUCGGAAACACCACCACCCCUUCUGCAGCUCCUGUCUUUGGGGCCUCCACACAGACUGUGGCUCCUCUCCCUGCCCCGGCUCCUACAUUCACCUUUGGAGGGGCAUCAUCAGCCACUCAGAACCCUGCUCCGAGUACUCCGGCACCUCCUGCAUCUGGAGGGUUUAACUUUGGGGCGUCACUCUCAGCAAUGCCGUUUGGAACCCCUACGCCUGCAGCUCAAACACCAGGGUUUUCCUUUGGAGCCAACAACGCUGAUAACAAGCCUGCUUUUGGAACAUCAACUCCUACAUUUGGCCAGGCAUCUGCAGGAAUGCCAAUGCCAUUUGGCAGUCCUGGAACCCCAGGAUUUGGAGCAAUGGGCGCCUCACCGUUUGGUGCUCCACCAGCCACCUUCUCUAUCGGAACGGGCUCUAAGCCCUCCGGGCCUCGUCGACCACCACACACACGCAGACAGCACCCAAGAAAGAAGUAACGUGGCUGAUGCGAGUCCUGUCCCUUUCAUUAUUGUCGUCUGGACUCUGCAACUACUCCUCCGGCUGUCCCACUUGCCCCAGACACUGCUGCUGCUACUGCUGCUGGUCCAAACACAACAAGGCUCUCAGUCAGACCUCAUCUCUACAACCCUCCAGGCUGCCAGGGCUGGUCAGGCGUGUAGAAUCAAGGCUCAUGGCGUGUAGAUUUUAGAGUCCUGGGCGGCAGUUGCCUGCACCCACUGAGACUCAUCACAGCCUCGCUAAUGGAGUCUGUAAAUGUCUGAUGAGGCAUCCGGUGUUGGGGAAGGAUGGCGAACAGGAGCGAAUUAUACUUGAAAGAACAAGAGACUUUCAAAUCUGGACUCACACAUGAAUUGAAAGAAUCGGAUCUUAUUUUUGACUCUUUGAGUAUCAGAUGCUCUUUAAUUUUAGAUCCAGUGAAUACACCUUUUUUUUUUUUUUUUU